AUGGAAGACUUUAAGAGUUCUGAUUCUACAAAUUGCAGUCAGAAAAUUGGGCAUGAUUGGGAGUGGAUCUCAUCUGAUUCUUUAAAGCUAGAAAAUCUUGCAUAUUGCAGCCUGGGAACUUCAGAACCUUCAAUUGAUUCAGAGAUCAUCUUUGCUAAGUCAAAUGAAAUUACAAGACGAGAGAUGAUUCUUUGGCUCAUCAAAGAAAAAGAAGGUGAAUUAACCAAUUCACAAAAAAUUUCUGAAUGCGAAAAUAAUAUGGGAUUGGAGUCUUUAUUUCAUGAUCCUCAAAAUGCCUUAGAAAAUUUAAAAAAUUUAUUUCCAAAAAUAGAUUGUAAUAAAACGACCAGCUCCAGCACUGAGAUAAAUAAAGAUAUGGAGAGGUUGAUAGAAUCAGUUGCCGAAAGGAAAAUAGAAAAUUUAAUUAAAAAACUGAAAAUUCAAAUGAAAGACCAAUUAUCAAAAUUAAAUUCAAAAGAAAUGCUGAUGUCUGAGAAAUUGGACAAGCUAGAAGAAAAAUUUGAGCUUGUAAUAAAUGAAAAUAAAAAGCUUCAUAAAUUGAUUCUAAAUAACAAAAAUGAAACUAUUCUGGCUCAGCCAAAAGAAAAUAAAUUUGAUAUCUAUAUGGCAGAAAAGCUCGCUAAAAAAGCAGCACAAAUUUCAGAAUUGAAAAUUAAACUUGAAAAUUAUUCAAGUGAAUAUUACUCUUCAUUGGAGAAUUUACCUAAAUUUAAAAAGAUGAAGACUAAACUUUUAAAACAAUUUAAUAUUGAGAAAAUUCUCAUGGCAAAAUUUCAUGCAAGUCAUUAUAUAGAAUUUGAAAAUUAUAUUACAAUAUACAAUGAAAUUUCAGAUAAGCUGAAUAAACUUACUGAAGAGCUCUCUGUUGAGAAUAAAUGUAUUUAUGGAGUUAAUAGAGACCAAAAUCAAACCAUUUUGUGAACUUAUGAUGCAAAGACUCAUAAUAAAUAUUCAACUCGCAUUGUCACUCCAAUUCCAUUGAGUAUUUAUACAUGCAUAACUAAGCUCCCAAAUAAUGAAUUGUUUUGCUAUGGUAGCUGAACACCACUUUCAGGAGUUACAUGCAUAAUAGAUCUAAAAUCAAAAACUCUUAAAAGAUCUUUACCUGAUGGACUUCCCAGCAUUGCUUCAGGAGCUGUAUAUCAUAACAAUUGUGUCUAUGUUUUCGGGCGAUGCACAACGGGUUCUGAUACAUUAAAUUCAGCUAGAAAAUUCGAUUUGGAAGAAAACAGUUGAAAAGACCUCACAAAUCUUCCAGCUGCCGCUUAUUAUUGUUCUUGCAUCGUAUUUAAAGGCUCAAUUUUAUUAUCUGGACAUCAACAUUAUCACUUAUAUAAAUAUUCUAUCCAAACAAACAACUAUGAAGUGUUAUUAUCAAAUCUUGAUAACGCUUAUAAAAUACAAUUUAAGCUUAAACAGAGAAUUUAUAUACUUCAAUCUAAUGGGACAAGCUAUGAAAGUGUAAAAGGAAAUGAAUAUAUAUGAAAUAAAAUUAGCACUGGCAGCUAUAGUGCUCAUCGAAAUAGUUUGAUAACUUAUAAUAGAGGAUCUGCACUUAUAAGUUUGCAAGAGCAUAAUGGUAUGCACUGUUAUAAGUUUAGCUUAAAAAAGAAAAAGAUUAAAGAACUUUUAUAA